AUGAGGAGCUGCUGUUCUCCUUCCUCUCUCCGUGGGAUUUCUAGCGCGGCGUGGAGGCGCGCGGUGGCCGGAACUCCGAGUCUGACCGGUGGCAGCCACCAGAAGCAGAAAGACAACCUGCGCUACCUCCCCCUUCCCCUCAGGCCUCCCGCGCCGCCCAAUGCUCUUGGCCUCGCUGAGCGCUUAUUCUCUUCCUCCUCCACCAAGCGCUCCACCAAGAAGGACAUCCCGGUGGACUCUACCAGCGGCGGCGACCCGUUCUAUGUCGUCUGCAAGGGCGACCUCAUCGGCAUCUACAAGAACCUCCCCGACUGCCAAGCCCAAGUCAGCAAUUCGGUCGGCGAUCCUUCUGUGACCGUGUUCAAAGGCUCUUCUUUGCACAAAGAAACUGAGGAGUACCUCCAUGCACGUGGGUUAAAGAAUGCUCUGUAUUCCAUCAAUGCAGCAGAUGCAAAAGAUGAAUUGUUUGAUGAUCUGGCUCUCUGCCCUUUCCGGCAACCUGAUGCAAAUGCAACCUCUACUCUGGAAAAGCCACAGGAGAUGGAAACCGGACCACUGAAGAAGCAUCCCAAAGUUGCUGAACAGGAACCAUUACCUGACAGCCAUCUGUCCUGUAUUCUUGAAUUUGAUGGUGCUUGUUUAGGAAAUCCCAGCUUUCCCAGGAAAUCAGGUGCUGGUGUAAUAGUAAGGCGGCCGGAUGGAUCUGUGAUUGCUCAACUACGUGAGGGUUUGGGUAGUGUGACGGAUAACACUUCUGAAUAUCGUGCAUUGCUGUUGGGCCUGAGAUAUGCUGCUAAUAACGGAUUCAAGUAUGUCCAUGCUCAAGGCAAUUCUGAGAAUGUCUGUAACCAGGCCCAAGGUCUCUGGCGUCCUCAGAGGGAUCAUAUGGUUGACUUGUGCAAUAAGGUUAAGCAACUGAAGGGAAGGUUUCUUCAGAUCCAAAUCAACCUUGUUUCGAGGGAAUGUAAUGUCGACGCUGAUGCCCAAGCUAGGCUUGCCACCGAACUUCCUGUUGGUGAGAUUCAAGAGGAGUCAAACAUCACAUGCUAA